AUCUGAGCUUUCUUGAUUAGUAUAUGGUUUCAAUUUUGCUUCAUCAUUGUCUUGAUUAUACAUACAGUUACAUAUGUCAUUUGUUUGAACUCAUCUCUCAUCUUGGAAGUGUAUUUGUGAAGCCAUGCCUUCAUAGUUAAAAAGGCAAUGCUGGCCUUAUAGCCCUUUGCUCUCAAAAGAGAUGAUCUCAUCAAAACCUCUGUUUCGUUGUAACACUUCUCUUGUAAACCAAGUGUUGGCUGCGAUCAUCCAAAACAAGCCGUUUGAUGCCCAGCUAGCUGCCUCAACUACCACCACUCCCAACUCCAACCAGCCAUGGAGUGUUGAAACAAUCUCUGAGGUGUUGAGAUCCAUACCAAGAUUCUUCUUCCAUUCUACUAGGUCCAUUGGUCGCCAGAAAAGCUUUAGACACCGAGCUCCUCUCAAACAAAGAAACCUUAGAGAAGAAUCUAAUAAAGAUCGCAAAGGUUUGGUUGUUCUUGGUCCAGCUGCCUAUAGAGACCCCUUGAAGGUCAAAUUAGGAUUGGACAAAGCAAGGGAGUUCUACUAUUGGGUUGAGACCCAUUUCGGGUUUACCCACAAUGAGAUGACUUGCAGAGAGAUGGCUUGUGUAUUGGCUAGAGGCAAUAGCUUGAAAGCUCUUUGGGAAUUCCUCAGAGAAAUGACAAGGAGAGAGAACGGUGGCCUUGUGACUACCAUGACUGUGACAUGUUUGAUAAAAGUUCUUGGAGAAGAGGGAUUAGUUAACGAAGCAUUGGCUGCAUUCUAUAGGAUGAAGCAGUUUCACUGUAAACCAGAUGUUUAUGCUUAUAACACAAUCAUUCAUGCUCUUUGUAGGGUACGCAACUUCAAAAAGGCGAAGUUUUUGUUGGAGCAAAUGGAAUUACCAGGGUUUAGAUGCCCACCUGAUUCGUUCACGUACACGAUAAUUAUUAGUUCUUACUGUAAGCACAGCAUGCAAACUGGGUGCAUGAAGGCCAUUAGGAGGAGGAUGUGGGAAGCAAACCACUUGUUUCGGAUUAUGCUCUUCAAGGGUUUCGUUCCUGAUGUUGUAACUUACAACUGUUUGAUUGACGGUUGUUGUAAAACUAAUAGAAUUGAGAGAGCACUUGAAUUGUUUGAUGAUAUGAAUAAAAGGGGAUGUCUCCCAAACCGGAUCACAUACAAUUCUUUCAUUAGAUACUACAGUGCUGUAAAUGAGAUUGACAAUGCUAUUGAGACCUUGAGGAGGAUGCAAAAGAUGGGUCAUGGAAUACCAACUUCUAGUUCUUACACACCAAUUAUCCAUGCACUGUGUGAAGCUGGAAGGGGGCUGGAGGCCCGAGAUUUUGUGGUUGAGUUGGUUGACGGAUGUUCAGUUCCUAGAGAAUAUACAUAUAGGUUGGUUUGUAAUGUGCUGAACUUAGCAGGAGAGGGUGAUUUGCUGGAUGAUGAAUUACGUAAAAGAAUUGAGGCCGGUAUUGACAAUAGACACAGGCAAGUGAUGAAGGUGAAACCAAUUAUGUCUAGCAAAAUUACAAUUUAGCACGGGGGGAGUUCAGUAAUGGAGAACAUGAUAUUCUCUGCCUUCAUAGUCGGAGUAUCAGGUGACAGAAUCCUAUGAGGUGAGUGCUUUGAUUCAGCUUGUGAGAACUACAAUCAUAAAUUUUCUUUUAACCUGUGUUUGGAUCAUAGAUUCAGGUAGGGGUUUAGAAAGGGAAAGGAAAACGCAAGGGAAAUGCAGAAAAAAAUUAACUUAUGUUUCAUUGACAUUUCCCUCUCUUUUUCCUUUCAUUUUCCAAAUUUCUACUUAAAUCCAUGAUCCAAACACAGUUCACAGUCUCAGUGCCUUUUCUAAGUGCAUUUUUCAAGUUUUAACUCUUGGAAUUUUUUUGCCAGCAGGUUCUCCUGCAUGUGGUUGGAUUGGGUCUUUCUUGGAUUUUUUUUUAAUAGAUUUUCCAUUGUAUACUGUGUUGAAUAUGUUGAUUUUAUUACUCGCAUUGCUCUUCCUCCUAUUUUAUUAACAGGCAGUGGCACUGAACAAUGAUAUGACUAAAUACCCUCGUCUAUUUUCUCUAACCUCCCUCUCCCAUCCAGGGUGGGGAAGUGUUUAAUGGUUUACUGGUUGUAUUUGAGCCACACAAAGCAUCUGCAAAAUUUUGAAUGCAAAAUUGCAACUUUGUCAGUUGGAUAAUUUUAUAUUUAAAAAACAUAUUGUAUGGAUUGAAGAGAAGGUGGAUUAAUGAAAAUUCUUUAGGGCAAUGGUUGUAUGGGGUGAAGAGCAGAGCACAGUGGAAUAUUUGAAAACACAGUAGAUGGGCUGAAGUGCAAUAAAAAAAAUAAAAAACAUAAGCACUUGACAGAAAUACAAAAUUGUGAACUAAACUUGCAUCGGGUGAUAAUUGUGGUAGUAUUUUAUAUUAUGCUUUCCUUCAUCACAUUUUGGGAGGCUUCCCAAAUGUACCUCUGCUUGCUAUUACACAAUGAUGAAAAUUUGGGCAUGCAAUCACUUUGUUGCUCGUAAUGCUUUAAGAUUUUUCUUUUCUUUCUUCUUUUUAUUUGUUUUUUUAAUGAUGGAUAAAUUGUCCAAGAUGGUUGAAUAUCCAUCAUCCUGGUUACUGGUUAACUUUUGGCAACGGCUGUUAUGAAGCAGUGGCAGCCAUGUCACUGAGGUUUUCUUUUGAAGGCGGCAUACUGUCUGAAUGCCUAUUGUGGAAAUGUAGACACUAGCUGCAGACUGUAGUGUAUUCUUAUAUAAGUACUUUAAGGGCCUACUUUGAUUGAUUUUGUGUAUCUAGUCUCGGUGUUAGUUAUGGUGGUUUAGUAUCGGACUUUCCUUUACACUUUUUGUCUACAUGCCAACAUCUGUUUCUGUAACUUGAUCUACUAUUUAGUUUAGGAAAGCUUAUAACUUGUCUUGACUAUUUAAUUCUGGGACUUAUUCCCUGUUGUAAAUGAUAUUUUUCUGAUGUAAUUAAAGACAAUCAGUCAAGCUUAUGUUGGCUUCAUAUGCCCUUUGAUUUGGCCUUGAUUGCUGGAGCAAAAGCCAUUCUGUUUCUGAAAUUUUGGAUGGUCAAAAUCACCGGCCACCUUUAUCAGCGUUGGAUACAUUCUUCAGAUUCUUUUGCUGUAAUUGGUCAGGUAUGACUACACAACAAGAUCAUCGCUCUCUCAACCCUGGAUUUAUCCACACACGGGGCCUUGUUUGUGAUUUUGUAUGGAUCUCAGAAAUUAGAAAUAUAAUGUGCACAAUAUCAUUUUUCAA